AUGGACAUCAGCGAUGUGGGUGCAUGCGCCUUAUUCUUCCACAACACUACUUCGAUGGUAAAAUUCGAUGGCGGUGAUGAUGAAGAAAGCCAAGGCACCUGCCAAGAGGCCAUGUCGGAGAGUUGCGUGGCAGCUAUGAAUGACCGCGCCAGGGUCCUUGACUACGAUGGGCUUACCGUCGAUGAGGCGUGCGCCAAGCUGCAGGAGGAGUUUGACAAGAACUUGGAUUCCGAAUGCACGUCCUUUGCAGGUUCAGAUAAAUGGACAAACAUCACAGUCAAAGCACUAUCCGGCUUAUCGGAAAUUACCUCAAAGACAAACGGGUCUUCUAAUUGUUGGCCAAUCCUACCCAAGUCUGACAACCUAAACGUCGUUGAGUCUUAUGAAUACACCGGAAACAACUCAGCUGCAGCCAUUGCCAAGAACCUUUACGGAAUCACGCCCAUCCUGACCGUCUUCUUCCCCGGCAACGGGACCAUGAUCACAAAUGCUAGCAGCCAAAUGACGUGUAUGAAGAGUCUAGGGGACAGCGUUCUGAGCGAGAGCACGAAGAGCAAGGGUGAUGGCGAUGAGGAUAAUGACAAUGGUGCGACGACACUGGGUGCUAGUGUGGGCGUUAACAUGCUGGGUGCAGGUUUCCUUAGUCUUCUAUAUUUCAUUUGAACGUUGGGCUGGAACUGGUGUUUUAGUCAACGAUUUAC